UGGCUGCCACCACGAAACAAUCGGCUACGAAAAGCCGCAGACCACUUCGUAGUGUAACUCGCAAUCGGACAAUGGCUGUAAACAUGUAUUGGGUAUUAAUAUCUAUUACUAUUAUGACAAAUGCAUGCUGGGGUGACGAUGGGCACGAAAUGGAGGAGUUUCUGAAGAGAGAGCACUCGCUGACCAAGCCAUAUCAAGCGAUUGGGUCCUCUAUGUCGUCCCACUGGGAGCUGAUGGGCGACGCCAUGGUAACCACGGAGCAGGUGCGACUGACUCCGGACAUGCAGAGCAAGCAGGGGGCGGUGUGGAGCCGCAUCCCCUGUAACCUGAAAGACUGGGAGCUUCAGGUGCACUUCAAAAUUCACGGCGAAGGGAAGAAGAAUUUGAACGGUGACGGGCUGGCAGUGUGGUACACCAAAGAGCGCAUGCAGAAAGGUCCAGUGUUUGGGAAUACAGACUUUUUCACUGGUCUGGGUGUGUUCGUGGACACCUACCCCAACGAAGAGAAACACCUAGAGGCGCAGAAGAGGAGGUACACCCCUCGUGCACAGAGGAUCUUCCCCUACGUGCUGGCGAUGGUGGGGAACGGCACUCUGGGAUAUGACCACGAGAGGGACGGGCGGCCCACGGAGCUGGGGGGCUGCACCGCCAUGGUGCGCAACUUGAAGCACGACACCUUCCUCUUCAUCAGAUACGUGCGGCGGAGGCUCACGAUGAUGAUUGACAUUGAGGGGCAGCACGAGUGGAGGGAUUGCCUGGACAUCCCUGGCGUGAAGCUGCCUCUGGGGUACUACUUUGGCGCCUCGGCCAUAACCGGAGACCUAUCAGAUAAUCAUGACAUGAUCUCGCUGAAGCUGUACGAGCUCACCGUCAUCCGCAGUAAGCACGAGGAGGAGGAAGAGGAGGAGAUUCUCAUCCCCAGUGUGGACAACCUGGACCUGCUGAAAGAGGAUGCGAGUGAAGCAGGAUUGAGUGGGGUCGGCCUGUUCUUCACUGUGCUUUUCUCCCUGCUGGGCUGCCUCCUGCUGCUGGUCAUCGGCCUCGUCCUGUACAGCCACUGGAGUGAGAACAGCCGCAAGCGCUUCUACUGAGAGAGAG